ACGCGUCUCCAAGGCAACGGCUACAAAACGAAUCGAUGAGCAAGUCAUCGAGCUCCAGGUGAAGGAAAGUCAGACUGCGGGAGAUUUAUUCUUUUUCAACUUUUUCAACCCAAAGUACAAUGCCAGUAUAAAGACUUUCGAUAUCCUGAAUGUCAACAGAAGUGUAAAGCUAUAUUAAUUGAGGAAUAACUUUGUAGAGUUGUUACAACCUGCGCUUUCUAGGUAGCUAAAGCUAGCGAGUUAACACCUAACGCUCUCGAGACUAUUUAUUCAGGUAGAACAGGGUGAAGGACAAAGCCUAGUCAGAAAUAGUUGAUUUUAUCUGCUAUAAGCACAACUGUUAUCACGAUAUAACCUAAAAAAGACAGAAUGAACCUGACGGAAGUAGAAGAGCACAUCACAGUGAAGUAUGAUAUCAAGAGGAGACUCGGGAAAGGGGCAUAUGGAAUCGUAUGGAAAGCAGUGGACAGGAAGACCGGAGAGACAGUGGCCGUGAAAAAAAUAUUUGAUGCUUUUAGAAAUAGAACUGAUGCUCAGAGAACUUUCAGAGAAAUCAUGUUCCUUCAGGAGUUUGGGGAUCAUCCCAACAUCAUCAGGUUGCUCAAUGUCAUUCGAGCCCAGAACGACAAAGAUAUUUACUUGGUGUUUGAAUACAUGGAUACUGACCUGCAUGCUGUUAUUAAGAAAGGCAACCUUCUGAAGGACAUUCAUAAACGCUAUAUCAUGUACCAGCUUCUCAAAGCCACCAAAUACUUACACUCCGGGAACGUUAUUCACAGGGAUCAAAAGCCCUCGAAUAUACUACUAGAUGCAGACUGCUUCAUCAAGCUGUGUGAUUUUGGCUUGGCACGCUCCCUCUCCCAGAUCCAAGAGGAUGCUGUGAAUCCUGCCUUAACAGAAUAUGUGGCAACACGGUGGUACCGUGCUCCUGAAAUUCUCCUUGGUUCCACUAGGUACACAAAAGGGGUGGACAUGUGGAGUGUGGGCUGUAUUCUGGGUGAGAUGUUGCUGGGCAAACCUCUUUUUCCUGGAACCUCAACCAUGAAUCAGAUAGAUAAAAUUAUGAGUGUUAUUCCACAUCCUAUGCCAGAAGACGUUGAGGCCAUCAGGUCGGAGUACGGGGCAUCUGUUAUUCAGAAAAUGCUGCUUAGGCCACAGGUGCCAUUAAGGGAUUUAAUGCAGCCUUCAGUGCCACCUGAUGCUCUUGAUCUGCUACAACGCCUGCUUGUCUUUAAUCCUGAUAAACGAUUAACUGCCGAGGAAGCUCUUCAGCACUCUUAUGUGGCCAAGUUUCAUAACCCAUCCAGGGAACCAAGUCUGGACUAUGAAGUUAUUCUUGCUGUAGAUGAUGAUAUACAGCUGUCUGUGACUCAAUACAGGAACAAACUCUAUGAGAUGAUUCUGGAGAAACGGGCCUCUCGGCAAAUGGCAAAAAAAAAUCAUCUGAUGCAGAAAGUGGAGGAAAAGCCUGGGAAAGAGGUUGGGGAAAAUGAACGGGAGAGUGCAAAUGCAAAAGAUAAAGAGUGUAAGAAGGCUGAGAGAAAGGAGGGUCAAGGGGAUAGUGAAAAGAAAUUGUUGCAACACAACAAAGACCAAACUGGAGCAAGAUCAGUCACUGCCAAGCCUGUCUCCAUACAAGAUCAAACACAAACAGCUGUUGGGAAAAGCAAUCCAGCUGCAAACGCAUGCAUGACCAAGACAUCUUACAACCCAAUCACACAUGUGUCCACUGAUGUGGUCAGACCAUCAAGUAAUCCUUCAGUGACUGCUCAGCAUCAACAUAACCGAUUUGGCAGAAAGGUGGUGCAGCAGACUCAGAACAAUGACAGCAGUAGCAUCUUGCCUGUACAGGCAACUAACAAGGGUGUAGAGCAGAGUCAGCAGCGUGGUCAGUCAGCCCCUAUGGGAGGCACCCGCUCCUUCUCCCUCACUCUGUUACAGCCACAGAAUAACACUCUAUUUCCUAAGGAAGAACCCAUCCUGACAUCAGGCCUGUGUGUCACCUCUGCACGGCUGAACCAGCGCUACCCCUCUCAGACUCGGACUGCAAAACCUCCACUCAGGUUUGGCAAGAAAGUUUUCCAAAACAAUGCAAACGUUUCUUCUGCAGGAGAUCCUCAAGCCACACUAGGCACCUACUCUCAGGCCUAUGGAGCCGUCAACAGAACAGAGCUGAACAACCUGCUUAGGGGUCACCAGUAGCUGUAGACUUUUAGAUUGCAUAUGUAAAUACAUUUAUAUGAAAGGAAACAUACACUCCUAUAUGAAGGGACUGUUGCAUGUAGGAUAUUGUAAAUUGUCAUUAAAUUUUGAUAUGUAUGAUCAAGAUAUAAUAUGAAAACUAAAAUGUGGACUAGUCUGAUUAAACUUUGUACAGAAAAGUUAACUUGCUGCAAUAAAUGUAAUUUGU